CCAUUGUUCGCGGGCGGGAGGUGUUGGUGUGGCGCAGCUGCAAUCGGCGGGCCGCGCCGGGCCCGCCGCUCGGCCCCGGUGCUCCGCAAUGCCGCCCGGGCACACUGAGCACCUCGAGAACUCGCUUUGUGCCGGGCCCAGCCGAGGAGAAGGGAAACCUCCGGAGCCGCUGCCCCGGCCGUCCGCUCGCGCCCGAGGAGCACAGCUGUGCGAUGGAGGCCCUUUUUUCUUCAGUCCGUCAGUUUGCGAAAUGGUGGCGUCUCUUAUACCGGAACGGGGCGGUUUAUUGGAUUCCAUGAGACUAUUGAAGCAAGUGAAUUCUGAUAUAACUCAACUUCAUUAGAGGGCUUUUUUUAAAAAAAAAGUUGAACCACAGUGCAUCAGAGCAAGUUACUGCUUUACUUUUGAGUGACUUACAGGUGCUUGCCUGCAUUGCAAUAAAGGACUCAUAUAUUGAGCAAGACUUAUUUAUCUCUUCAUUUUGGAGAGUCUAAUAAACUGUUAUUACAGUUUCUGUACUGACUUUCAAAGUUUUGAAGUCUAAAAAGACAUCUUUAAAGAUAAAAGCAUGAGCACGGCCAGAACAGAGAACCCUGUUAUAAUGGGUCUAUCCAGUCAGAAUGGGCAGUUGAGAGGCCCUGUAAAACCCAGCGGGGGCCCAGGAGGUGGAGGCACACAGACUCAGCAACAGAUGAACCAGCUGAAAAAUGCCAACACAAUCAAUAAUGGCACUCAACAGCAAGCACAGAGUAUGACCACCACUAUUAAACCUGGUGAUGACUGGAAGAAGACUUUAAAACUCCCUCCAAAGGAUUUGAGAAUCAAAACUUCGGAUGUGACCUCCACAAAAGGAAAUGAGUUUGAAGAUUACUGUUUGAAACGGGAGUUGCUGAUGGGAAUUUUUGAAAUGGGCUGGGAAAAACCAUCUCCUAUUCAGGAGGAGAGCAUCCCCAUUGCUUUAUCUGGUAGGGAUAUCUUGGCUAGAGCAAAAAAUGGAACAGGCAAGAGUGGAGCCUACCUCAUUCCUUUACUUGAACGGCUAGACUUAAAGAAGGAUAAUAUACAAGCAAUGGUGAUUGUUCCCACCCGUGAACUAGCCCUGCAGGUCAGUCAAAUCUGUAUCCAAGUCAGCAAACACAUGGGAGGUGCCAAAGUGAUGGCAACAACUGGAGGAACCAAUUUGCGAGAUGACAUAAUGAGACUUGAUGAUACAGUGCAUGUGGUGAUAGCUACCCCUGGGAGAAUUCUCGAUCUCAUCAAGAAAGGAGUAGCAAAAGUGGAGCAUGUCCAGAUGAUAGUUUUGGAUGAGGCAGAUAAGUUGUUGUCUCAAGAUUUUGUUCAAAUAAUGGAAGAUAUUAUUCUCACGCUACCUAAAAACAGACAGAUUUUGCUCUACUCAGCCACUUUUCCUUUGAGCGUGCAGAAGUUCAUGAAUUCCCAUUUGCAGAAGCCCUACGAGAUUAAUCUGAUGGAGGAGCUGACCUUGAAGGGAGUUACUCAGUACUAUGCUUAUGUCACUGAGCGUCAGAAAGUGCACUGCCUCAAUACGCUCUUUUCCAGGCUCCAGAUUAACCAGUCGAUCAUUUUCUGCAACUCCUCUCAACGGGUUGAAUUGCUAGCCAAAAAGAUCUCCCAGCUGGGCUAUUCCUGCUUCUAUAUCCAUGCUAAAAUGAGGCAGGAGCACCGCAAUCGUGUAUUCCAUGAUUUCCGAAAUGGCUUGUGCCGCAAUCUCGUUUGCACUGAUCUGUUUACCCGAGGUAUUGAUAUCCAGGCUGUGAAUGUGGUGAUAAACUUUGAUUUCCCAAAGCUGGCAGAGACUUAUCUCCAUCGCAUUGGCAGAUCAGGUCGCUUUGGUCAUCUUGGCCUGGCCAUUAAUUUGAUCACCUAUGACGAUCGAUUCAACCUGAAAAGUAUUGAAGAGCAAUUGGGAACUGAAAUUAAACCCAUACCAAGCAACAUCGACAAGAGCUUAUAUGUGGCAGAAUACCACAGUGAACCUGUAGAAGAUGAGAAACAGUAAACGUGUAGGCUUUGAUUACACAUGCCAGAAGGUGAAGCCCUAUGAUCCAGAUCUGUGACACAUCGUUUCUUUGGGGAUACCCUUCUCUUUGUGGGUUUUUCUUCAUCUUUUCAUUUCGGAACUAUGAAGACUAAAGAGCUUGGCCUUUUUUUCUCUUUAAAUUUGGCAGCAAGGAAGAAAGAAGAUAAAAGGAGGAAUGUCUUUUUGUUUUUCCACUUGUUUGCACUGUGUGCUGAUUGAACAUUAGUUGCACUAACUGCUGGUUUUAAAUUUUGGUUUCUUUGGGCGGGAGGGACAGCAAGGGAAGAAGAGAAACCCUGAAAAGAGAAGAAUCUUGAUGAACACGAGCUUGUCUGCUAUUUCAAAUUCUUUAACCAUUGAAUGAGUGCAUUUCAACUUCUCCCUGGUUACUCAUCUGUUUCUUAAGCUAAAGAGCUUGUUACUUAUUCGUGCAAAGUGCCUUAUGCUAUGAGACCAUUCAGAAUAUCACCUUUCCAACACAGCCCAAGGAAUCAACAUCCGUUUCUGGUUUCAGGUCAAAGUUCCCCUCUCUUCCCCUUCUCCUCCUUCCCAUGUACUCAAGCCCAGAGCUGGGAGGUGAAGUGUAUUGGUUAUUGGUAAUACAACUUCUUUCUUCAAUUUUUUUUUUAAUGGAGGAGUUGAUAUGCAUCUGCAGUUCACCCAAACUGUAAAUAUCUGUAUUUAAAAUUAAACCAACAUGAAAUCUGGGCUGAUUAGGUGCAGCAUCAUAGCUCCAGAAGGAAAGAGUAGCCUGUGAUCCUUUGCAGGAGCCAUAAGAAAAGCCCUGUGCUCUAGCAGAACACUAAAGACUGGUUUCCAUGAGUCUUCAUUAGUAGUUACAGCACUUGAUAGGUAGACUUGUUUCAGAGCCAUGGCCCUCUUUCUUCUGGUGCAGUGUGUCCCAUAGAAAAUCAGAUGUGUAUAUUGUACAAACUUUGUAAAUAUGAUUUUUUUUUUCUGUUUGGGUUCAUAUAUAACUUCUUUUAUGAUGAAGGUUGCUGAGGUUAAAGGGAUUAGACUGAUUAUGGGAGCAGCUAAAGAUGAGAGGGGCUCAGUUUUGUGCAACACUAAACAAUGAGAAGUGCUCUGACCUCUGUGAAGUGCAGGCCUCCACAAGUGUCCCUUGUUGGGGUGGAUUUGCUCUGGUGCUAGCAACACUGUCCUGUACUGCUCAUAUGGAAGAGAUCACUUGCAGGGCUCCAAGGCCUCCAAAUCCGUAGCUCAGCCUUUUGGGAGAUGCUCUUUGAUUUCCCCCUUAGAAACUUCAGGAACAUGACAAGCUCUGAAGGAGUCCAUGACCUGUGUUCCACCAUGGUGUGAGGGAAAUCCAGUGGGUGUCGCUGAGCAGUAUAUGUGUAAGGUGUGGAUUUGGGUUUGAGAGACCAUAAAAAAACAAUUUACAUGCAUAAACUGACAGUUCUGGAGCUUUGUGGAAUUGAUUCACUUCCUGCAGCACUGCAUUUUCUGCCCAGAGUGGCCUCUGUGCAGAACUGUGAGCAGGUAAGGGCAAACCCCUGUUAUUGUCAGAAGCUGCCGGAAGCUGCUUGCCAUCUACUCUGGUUUGCCAUGAGUUGCUGUCUGUCGUUUUGCAUAGUAUAUUGUUGAAAAGUGCUUUCUGGACAAGUAGUGUUGCUUUAAAUUGUGCCCCUCCCAACAUGCUUGAUGUUUGGCCUGAUAUACAGGCAAAAGGAGUGAGACAAAUCAAAAAAUUACUCUUUUUUAAAUCCCUUAUAGCCUGUUAACCACCAUUGUCAGGAGGCACCUGGAUGAAUGCGAUCCCUUUUGCUCAGUCAUUUAUUGCAUAUACAGAUGCUGCACUCACACCAUGCUUGCUUACCUUUGAGGCAGGAUUUAAUUGUCUUAAUUUCUCCCCAUUGUGACCCUUUUUUUGAAUUGGAGURAAAUUGUUUGGAAUCACAAGGUGGGCUAGCCAUCCAUUUCCUUGAUGAUGAAAAAUAGAAGCCAGGUGCCUCCUGACAACAACUUUACGAGAUUGAAAGGUUUGUGUGUUCGGGAUGUUUUUCUUCUUUUUGUCAGCAGUGACUCCAUAAUUGUAGCAAAUGCUGCACUAGAGUACAAACUCAAGAGCUUGGUCUCUGUGAGCCACAUAGCUUACAUCUGACUGGCAGGUACUAAAUGUAAACAAUUUUGGGGUGCUUUUGGGGGACGAGGGUGGGAGCUUAUGGGUGGUAACUUUGACCAAAAGUAAAAUCUUGCUCCUGUACUGCAGCCAGCUUAUGAUUUUCCAGACAGAAGAGGGAUCAUUUUAAUGCAGCAAAGACAUGAAAAUGUAAAUAAAUUUUGUAUCUCACCAGGGCAUGCACAUGUAACAAGAACAGGAUAGUGAUGUCAAGUCAGGUGUGUGUGCUCUGCUUGGAUUUGUGGUAGGUUAGCCUGGUGCCAUGCAUUGAUGGUCCCUCUUGAAGCACAGAACUUUUGAAAGUAUUACUUUAAAUUGGCCUCUCAUUGAGGAUUGGCACUUACCUAAACUACCAGGGGCACCAUUUUUAGGUGGCUUCUUGUCAAGAAGGAAGCAGCCUAUUUUUGGUGCUAGUAGGCUAUCUCAGAUGCGAUCUUGCAAAUGGAAAGAUGCUCCAGAAGACUAGGAUAAUCCUAGUUUUUUUGGGUUUUUUUUUUUUUUUU